GUUAAGAAAUCAACGAUGUAUAUACCAAUAACCGACAUGGCAGAGAAUCUUGACGUUAUAAAGGCCGUGGCUGACCUCAAACUUACCAUUUCACUUGGGCAACUAUUUAAAUGGUCGCCCAAGGUGAGAAGUGAAAUAAUGAAAGCGUUAACACGCAAAAAGAAGGAAAUCGAUGUAACUAACGUUGAUGUAAGGUUGCGUUUAGUUAAAGGUAGUAAAAUGCGAGAAACUAUGAAUGAAAUAGUACCUAUUUGGCCCGCGUUAAUAAAUGGCGAUCUUGUUGAUGUACCAAUUGACCCCGGAUCUCGUCUGAAUCUGAUGCACAUAAAUUAUGCAAAGAAAAGAGGGUUGACCUGGGAACAUGCUUACGGAAAAGGAAGAAUGGCCGAUGAUAGAAUAAGUGAAUUCAUAGGUUACAUACCUCAAGUCAAAGUGGAAAUGGAAGGCGUGGUGACGAACCAAGGAUUUUACAUAAUGGAGUCCGCAAGUUUUGAUGUCCUCUUAGGAAUGCCUUGGCUGGCCUCUGCACAAUCAUCGUUCAUUGUUUCGGUUGUGCCACAGAACUGGAACGAAGAAAAGGGAGACCAUGGAAAUUGGGAUGAAGCACGUGAUUUGCAGUUACGAAAAAUCGAAGGACAACUAGAAUUGACGGAGCCGAUGUUCUUACGAAGAUUGACGUGGGAAAAUAUCCACUUAUUGAAUUUUGGGCCUGAUCUCUUGUCAGAAGAAAAGCAGUAUGUAAUGAGCCGGUUGAUAAAUGAGGUAUCAAAAACGUUCGCCUUCAAAUUGUCAGAAUUGGGCCGAACCAAUUUAGUGAAAUACGAGGUGAGGACAGGUGAUAUGGAAGUGCCACAUAUGAGAUUAAGGCCGGUGAGAAUAAAUAAUCCAGAAAAGGCGCUGUUAUUUGAAGAACAUUUAAAGGAAAUGAUCCAAUACGGUUUGUUGGAAGAAGGAAAUGGACCCUAUGCCUACCAUUGCUUUCCGAUAGAUAAAAAGGAAGGUAGAACCGAUAGAAUACGAACUGUGAGCAUCAUGAGACCAUUGAAUAAGCACAUAAUAAAGGAUGGUUACCCACUCCCAAUCAUUAGAGAUAUACUAGAAAAGGCUGUAGACCACAAAUGGUAUUCAAGUGUCAACGCCUUCAAGAGAUAUUGGCAAAUUCGAAUAUGUGAAAAAGACCGAGAUAAGGUGGCUGUGUCAAUGACGUUGGGGGUUCUACGAUACACCGUGAUGUGCAUGGGAUUGAAAAACGCCAGUAAAACUUUCCAGCGGUUGAUGGAUUUGGUUCUUAAAGAGAACGAAUGGAAAGGUAUAGCCGCAGCGUAUCAAGACGACGUGGGUCUUUGGACUGAUGGUGAUUUGGAAGAACACAUUGAUGUGUUCAUAAAGCUGGCAAAAACAUUCGAAAAAGCCGGGUUAACAUUUGCUGCAAAAAAAUGUUAUGUCGGUUAUAAGAAAUUAAGUAUGUAUGGGUUCAUAGUAAGUAAAAGUGGCAUAAAGGUGGACAAAAAGGGAUUAAAAAGGAUACAACAUUGGCCCGAACCGAGUAAUCCAAGCGAAGUAAGGUUGUUCCAUGGGACGGUAGGAUAUUAUCGUCGUUUCAUAAGAAACUUCAGUAAGAUCGCCGGACCAAUAACCGAUUUAAUGAAGAAAGAUUACGUGUGCGACGUUUCUGUCGGAGCUGUCUUAGAACAAGACGAUGGUGAUGGAAAUUUAAGACCGCUAACCUUCGAUUCUAGAAAAUUGAACAAGCAUGAGUUGAACUACACAGUCACAGAAAAGGAAUGUUUAGCGAUCAUUUUUGGAUGUAAUGUAAAUGAACGCUAUGUUGGAGGAACGAUUUUUAAUGUUUGGGUCGACCACCAAGCGCUCGAAUGGCUAUUCAAUAAAGCUGAGCUGAAAGAAAGGUUGAUGCAUUGGGUUCUGGCGUUACAAGCCUUCAAGUUUAAGGUGUGCUACAAAAAUGGGAAAAGACAUGGAAAUGCUGACAGAUUGUCAAGAUAUCCGAAAGAAAGCAUGAAUGAAACAGUGGAAGACGAGGAAUUUGUCGAUGGAAUGAUUAUGCGAGUCGACAUGAUCAAUAACAAAGUAAAAGAUCUGUUGUGGAUAAAGAAUUACUUGGAAAACUUUGCGUGGCCCCGUGAUGUAAAAGAAAUCGACUUACCACAUCUACAGUGCAAAAUGAAGCGAUAUUGUGUCAUCAGAGACAACUUGUACAAGAGAUCGAAGGAUGGUGUUCCACCGAAGCGUGUUAUCUUCGAUAAUCGAGAGAAAUACGAUAUUUUAGCGGCAAAUCAUAUAGGAACUGCGGAAGAAGAAGGACAUCACGGCAUUAAUGGGACCGCAAGAAAGGUGUUGAUGAAUUACAGUUGGGGAUCUGGAAAUGUAUAUAACGAUGCUGCAAAAUAUGUUAAAUCAUGUAUUGAAUGUCAAAAAUACAGUAACCGUGGUCACUAUUAUCUUGCUCAAACGGUACUUCAACUUUAG